AUGCCGAUCAAGUUACCGAAAGGGUUUCAACGACGCAAGUCCUCCGGGAAUGCUCUGGAGGAGCUGCCAAACCCCCCUGAACCUUCGUUCCGCGUCUUCGAGCGUCCCCAAGGGAGGAAAUCCUUCGAUGGGGGGAACAAUUAUAACAACUACAAGCGUAUAAGUCUGGCGCGGCCGUUGAGCGCAGGGCAAUUUGGGGAAGACCACCUCUUCGUCGAUGGAAGAACAAGAAACAACCCCCCCAAUCGGGGCAGCGGUGGAACCCAUAAUUCAGCCUCCAGCGGUGGCCAAAAUGACAAUUCCUCGUCUGAGGCCCGGUUCAGUUCCACGUCAACACUACCAUCUUCAGCCGACGUACCUUUGAACGAUAGGCCUUCCCCGAAUGCUAAAGACCCUUAUAAUGUACCGACGCCUCCAAUCCCCGAGUCAAAUCCACUUUCUUUGAGAGCAGCUGGAAGAGCAUUUUCUUUCGGUCGAAGGAGAGCGGAGUCACGAUCGCUGCCUGUACCUGGACCUGGACCAGUCACGGAACAAGCGAAUUCUGAUGGCUACGAAUCAUUCAACCGGCCAAGAGCAAUGACGGAGAGUAGCUACACUAGUGGAAGUACUGCAACACCGCCAAAGCUCGAUACUCGACUUGAUCUGGAACAAUCUGAUCUUAGUGAAUUUGGCAACAUGUUUGACAGCUUCGGGAAGAACGAGAUCAAGCUGGUGGAGGAGCCAGCAGUGCUGGCCGUAACAAAUACACAGAGCCCGAAAAACACAUCACCCGCAGGAUCUAGGAGUUCGACAAAACAAUACUAUUCUGAGCGUUCGCCGUACACCGCUUCCCCGAUACAGGGCGAUCGAUACCGCGAAGCAGAAGAGUCCCCCCGUUCCUGGAACAGCGAUCAUUCGCAGGGAGACUCAACUGCUAGUAGUAGCCAACGAGCAGCAGAAGCCCUUUCUUUCUACAGCAGCAACUCUUCUGGGUCUAGACCUGACCAAUUUUCGCCCAAGUUUCAGACCGUGCCACUGCCCGAGUCGACCAGCUCCCCACAGAGGAAGACACAGCAACGGCCUCCUUCUGUCGUAGGAAUAGGAUUGCAAAGAAAUAAUAUUUAUGCAUCGCGCAAAACCUCCGGAAGGGAGUCUGCUGACUCUGGCAUUUUGCAGGACGAGAAUGCCAGACUGGCGAUGGACUCUCUUACCACAAGGCAGAAGCUCAGUCGUCAACCUGGCGACUUUGGUGCAUAUAAAGACAGUGAUGACGAGGUAGAUAACCCGGCUGCGUCCUUAAUCCCAGAGACUUCCUACCCGUCGCCGAAUGUAGCCUCUGGUCCUCAACAAUCAUCCAGGCGGAACACCAAACAGCUAUCUCCAACACCGUUAUUCGACAGCAGCGAUCAGGACUUCUCUGCCACCCCAUGGCGGGAAGAAUCAUCAGAGACCACACCUCGAGCACGAAAGCGUGAAUUGAUAUACCAGGAGGAACGUUCAUUGUUCGAUGCAUCGCCUCAAUCGAUAGGAAAGUCAGCCCCUCCUGCAGAUUCCCAAGUCGAGACUUCCCCAAAAACUGAAAAUCAGAACAAGGUUAUGACUCCUGCCCAAUUUGAGCGGUAUCGAAAAGAGCAGGAGAUGAGACGAGAGCAGUAUUUUAACCACGAUGCAUCAGACGAAGAGGGGGACGACUACGAAGAUGACGACGAGGUAGAGCGAAACAAGCAGCUUGCUCGACAGAGAAGGAAACAAGAGGCCCAUCUUUCUGUGUAUCGACAGCAGAUGAUGAAGGUGACUGGAGAGCAACCUUCUGAUUUGCCGGAUGUACAGCAGCGUCCAGGCAUGGACAGAUCACGCAUGAGCGCACCGAAUCUCACGGAUCGUUCGAGUACCCCAACCUUCAGCUUUGACAAGCCCCCAGACCCGGCCAAGGCUAGUGACGACGAAGACGAAGACGUUCCUUUAGGGGUACUGGCAGCGCACGGAUUUCCUUCGAAGAACAAACCCCCUACCGCUCUCACCAAUUCCAGCGCAAGCAUCCAGUACAAGAGCGAAUCAUAUCCACCACCUCCAUUGUCUACAGCUGGCACAUCAGCAGUUGGAGCAGCUCGUAGUCUGCCACCAUUUGCACGGAAUCUACCUCCAGAUCCAUACUACGGCGCAGGCCUUGUCAACCCAUCGAAUCGCGAGUCUCUAGCGCUUGGUCAUGGGUCUCCGGCAUCAGUUCACGGUGGGCCCCCACCAAGCAUGGCACCGGGUGGUCUUGUCGGGGUCAUCGCUGGCGAAGAACGUGCGAGAGCUGCGCGAAGGGGAAGCCCCAACGCUCAAGGGAGCUACAGCUCUCCCCUACCUCCAGGCAUGUCUCAAAUGCAAAUGGGAAUGUUGCCGGGGAUGCCGCCCAUGAUGUCACCUGGGGAACAAGCUACUGUUCAGAUGUCCGAGCAGAUGAACCAGAUGAUGCGAAUGCAGAUGCAGUGGAUGCAACAGAUGCAGCAAAUGAUGGCCAGCGGAGUGCAGAGUGGACCUCAAAUGCCGUUUGCUUUUCCUCCUCAACAGCAGCAGAUGAUGAUGAUGAAUGCCGGAAUGGUAGCUCCACCGGGCAGUAUCCAAAGACCAGUGUCUACAGGCCCACGUUCUGCACCAGGAAUUCCAGCAGGUACACAGGAGAAGCAAAUUCGCGCAAUGAGUAUGAUGGGGCCUACAUCCGCUGCAGGGUGGCAACCCCAGGAUAACAACAGAAAUUCUGUGGUCCCAAGCAUGAUGAGUGGUGCACUUGGGGGCACAAAUUCAGGCUACACGGCGUCAAUCGCGCCAUCCGAGCGCAGUAAUGUCGGCAUGCCGUCGCGCUAUCGUCCAGUUUCUAUAGCGCCUGCUGAUGAGCAUGCGCAGAAAUCAGCCGCAAAAACAUCUACAUUCACAAGUGGAAUGCUCCAGCCAGGAGUGUCUGGCGGGAACAGCAGACUGUCUACACCUGGCGAUAGGCAAAGCAAACCAUCCUUGAGAACUGUCUCUCAAACACCGCCCAGGAAGUCGACCGCUAGUGACGAUGACGAUGAAGAAGGGUGGGAAGAGAUGAAGAAGAAGCGUGAAACAAAAAAGAGCAUGUGGAGAAUGAACAAACAAAGGGAUGAUAGCGCGUAUCUCUAUGAUUAUCCUGCUGCAUAA